CACAAACAGAUCUUGCUGUCACAGCUAGGAAAACAAGGGGUCUACAAAGACUCUCUUGUCCUUGGUAACGGAUGUGAUGGAUGUGAUGCAGACUGACCAGGAAGUGGAUGGCCCACCCAUCACCAUUGUCACCCCCUCUAUCUACCUCUCUAUGAACAAGAUGAAGCCCGGCAAUUUGACAAGAAUCUCCAUGGAGCCUGUGAAGACCAAUGGGUCAAAGAUCAGUCUAACCAUUCCUGAUGACCUUGACCUCACAGGCAACAAUGACUCAAUCUCCAUGCAGUACAUGUACACAAAGAAAAACCCAUACAGUUGGAAAGAGAGUGUCGCCAUGGUAACAUCAGGUGUCCAGUCUCUCACUCUUAAGGACUCUCACAACAAACCAGUCCACAUGAACAACCUCAAGUCACCAUUGAAACUUUCAUUUGACUUUGAUGAUGUGGCGACUAGUGCCAAGAUUCCUCUCAAGCUGAUUAUCCAGAAACAGGGUAAGACAUUUGAUCAGGUUGUGAGACAUGCAAGGCCGGGUACCACCACCUUCAACAUCACCCUGACCCGAGGAAACACCCAGACGUUCGUGCUCGACCUGCCACAAAACUUGUCUUCCAUUAAACUUGGCAUAAGUGAGGAGGGUGAAGUUAAUAUUAAAGAACUGGUUGCCACUGGAUUUAGAUACCCUGGAGACAUUGAGCUGAUAAAUGCCAUGUAUGGAAGAGGUAAUGGUGACGGUGGUGAUGUUUUGGACAACAUCACCAGGUACUGCCAGGAGUGUGAUCAUCGCUGCUGUAAAGACAACACUACCUCCUGUAUUGGAAUAUAUGCCGGCUGUGGCAUGUUCUGUAGCCAUCUCCCAAAUAUCAACAUGACAGCAAACUGCACCGAUUUGAACGAAGAUUUGACAGCAAAAGAUACCCCGGGCAAUGUAAUUUCAGGAAAAACCAUAUAUCUGUCAGCUCGUGAGCCAAAGCUGGAAGAAAGCAAUGUAACAUCUUAUGUACUCUACUUUACUGUGAGCGUUGACAUUACCGACACCCAAACUAGAGAAGAGUUGAUGUUACGUGACCCAGGCUGUCUGGGAAACGAGACCAUCAGUGAAUGUUAUGUAUCUUUGGACCUGACUACCACCCUGCGGAGCUUUCACCUGGGAUGUUACUACUGGGAUGUUGAAAAGGAUGACUGGACACAAGAAGGAAUGCAGAUUUCUGACAAAAGUUUAUCAUCAUCACCAUCUAUUGAGUGUUUGACCUCCCAUCUGUCUUCAUUUGGAGCGUCUGUUCUUGUGGCCCCAACAUUUGUGGAUCCAGAUGACAUAGUGCUAUUCCUGACGUUUUUUGAAAACCCUGUUGUGGUGACAGCCGUCAUCAUGCUGUGGAUAGUCUACUUCUUUCUUAUACACUGGGCCAAACGUUACGACAGGAGGGACGUCGAACAAGUGGGAGUUAUCCCGUGUGUGGACAACAAGCAGGGGGACCAGUAUGUGUAUCUUGUAUGCUUCAUUACCGGCUGGUGGAAACAUGCAGGGACAUCUGCCAAUGUCUACUUCUACAUGACAGGGACUGAUGGAGUGAGUGGAAAGAAGCAUGUGAACACUGCGGACCGAGUGUGCCUGCAGCCGGGGAGUGAAGACUGGUUAGUGGUCACAACAGAGCACAGCUUGGGGCACAUCUCCUCCAUCACAGUCUGGCAUGACAACACAGGAAGCAAUCCACACUGGUACCUGAAUCAGGUUCAUAUCAAGGAUGUUGAGACUGGCUCGUCCUGGAACUACAUCUAUAAUGACUGGCUUGCCGUGGAUAUGGGUUCCCUCCUCUCCACCACAGCUACCAUUGAAGCCACAUCGGAGGAUCAGAUGAGGGUGAAGCUGAAGUACAAGUUCAUGAUCCAGUUUAGCCGGGAGAUAAGGAACGGCCAUUUGUGGAUCAGCAUCUUCUCCAAGUCCCCAGCAAGCCAGUUCACACGCGUUCAGCGGCUCACAUGCGCCCUCUCCCUUCUGCUCUCAACUAUGUUAACCAACCUCAUGUUCUACGGCAUCCCCACGGACGAACCCGCUGACCAGGUGAAGGCUGGGCCCUUCAGUCUCACCCUUUCACAGAUUGUUAUUGGAAUAGAGAGCAGUCUCAUAAUGUUUCCAGUGAAUCUUCUUAUGAUACAGCUGUUUAUGAAGGUCAAGCCACGAGAGCGAAAAAUGCGCCGCAAGAUGAAAGAUCCAGAUGAAACAUUCAUUGCCUCAUUCAAUGCAUCCAUGACUGAUAAAGGUUCUACUCAAGAGACAGUGUCUGCAAUGACAGUAGAUUUCGAUUUAAAAAAAAAUAUACAAAGGCAGCUUGAUAUUGAUCUGUUUCGUUUGCUGUAUACAGAUGCUCUCAGAGACCGUUGCAGGGUUGUUCCUAACCUAGUCACAAAACUUUUGAUUGAAAAUCUGCCAGACCGAUUUUCAUGGUCAGUUGCUGGAGAGGCCUUGGAUAUGAAUGUUGUGUUAGACAACCAAGGACAAUUUACACUGGCCCCUCGUGAAAAGGAUACUGGGGGUAAAGAAGAUCUUGCCCUGAAACCAAAUAGGUCUGAUCUAUCGCUCGCAGAUGACUUUUACAAGUCGGCGUUAAAGUUUGAUUCGUGUGGAGAUAUUGGUCACACAACUCGCAGUCCGACUAUCAGCAUGUCGGGAGAUGCUUCUUCACAAACAGCCAGUGAGAUAAAGCGGUUUUCAACAGAAAGCAUUUUUUCAAAGGAUAGGUGUGUCCUGGAUGAGGCUCCCGUUGUGGUGCGCGCAAGGAAAGACCCAAGAUUCCUACCAUGGUGGUUCCUGUAUGUGGCCUGGACAGUUGCUAUAUCAGUGUGUUUGGUGUCCUCCUUCGUUGUGAUGCUCUACGGUCUCAAGUUUGGCUACACGCUCAGCAUUGAGUGGCUCGUCUCCUUCGUCACCGGAUUUUUGCAGAGUGUGCUUGUCCAACAGCCCCUCAAGACGCUGGUCGUGGUAGUACUGCUGACGAUGAUAUUUAAAAAAGACGUGGAGUUUGAGGAUGUUGGAGCAGACAUGGAACUGGACAAUGAUGAGGAAUACCUGUGUUCAGUGAACCCUAAGCCUGACAGCCACCUGUCUGUUGCCCCACCCCUGCCUCAACGCAUGAUGGAAGCCAUCAAACAAAGACUAAAGUUUGAGUUGUUGAUGGACUUGACCAUUUGUGACAUGAUCCUUCACUUUAUCUACCUGACCGUGGUCAUCCUGAUGCUAACUGGACAUCGUAACAUCACCACUAGCUUCCAAACCACACGCGCAGUCCGCACUGUCAUGGUUGGUGCUGAACAUGGCAUGCCAUUUAAAAAGGUAAAUAGCAUAGGUGGUGUAUACCAGUACCUGGAGGACACUGUUAUCCCUGUGAUGAAGGUAGCCUCUCAAUAUGGCAGGAGGGAGAUCUCCACAGCCUCAGAAUUCUUUCUGGUUGGACCAUACAGGCUAAGACAGCUUAGGGUUGGAGAUUCUUGUACACCAGAAAUUGUGAAAGGACUUCCUGUUGGCUGUCAGCCGUCAUAUUCUCUCAUUGGCGAGGACAGUGGCAACUACAAGAAAUCAUGGAGCAUCCCAUUGUUGGAUGAAGAUUAUGCUAUUAACCCAUGGAUUCACCAGUCUGGCUGGUCCCUGAAGACCCUUCCAUUCGUGGGCUCACAUGCCACAUACUCUGGGGGUGGAUAUGUCCUACCAUUGUCUGGCCAGGAGCAGCGGGAUACAGAUUCACUUGAGGACUUGGAAACCAGAGGAUGGAUUGAUCGAAAUACUCGUGCAGUAUUUCUGGAGUUUACUUUCUAUAACCCGAAUGUGGACAUGUUCACCGUGGGUGUGUACAUGUUUGAGUUUACCAACACUGGUGGAGUGUACCCAAGUCAUCAAGAAAUUUCUACGAGUCUACAUCACUACUCCAGUAGCUAUGGAAAGUUUGUGGCCGUAUGUGAAGUUCUCUUUGCGGCCUUCAAUCUUACUUUCAUCAUUAUUGAAGUGAAGAAGUUCAGAAAACAAGGAAAGUCUGAAUACUUUUCUAGCAUUUGGACGAUUAUAGAAUUAUGUCAGAUUGGAAUGGCUGUAGCUGUUGUGGUUAUGUUUGUUCAAAGAGUACUAGCUGUUGGAAGUGUGAUGGAUGAUUUCAAGUCCUCCAAGGGUGAAACAUUUGUCAGCUUCUAUCCUGCUGUUUUCUGGGAUGCUGUCCUUAUGUACGUGAUGGGUGGGCUUAUGACAACAGUCAUAUUGAUAACUAUCAAGUUGCUGAUAUUUAACCGCAAGAUGUUCCUCUUAUCGUACACUUUGUCGGCAGUCCAUAUGCAUCUGUUAUCUUUUUUACUCAUCUUCGCCAUCACCACUUUCGCUUUUGCCGCCUUUUCAUAUCUACUGUUCAACUCCGUGUUCAGGGGCUACAAAACCCUUGGUGAUGCGUUGGUAUCCAAUGUAAGUCUGUUAAUGGGCAUAGCAGACUUUGUUGGUCUCUACGAGUACAACCGAAUCAUCGGUGUCGUCUUCCUGUUCAGUUUUGUGUUUACCGUCUAUUUUGGUGUGAUGACAUUUGUCCAAGCUAUUCUCAAUGUGGGCCGCAUAGAAGCAAGGGACAGAAUCAAGGGCAAGAAGAAUCAUCUGGAUCACAUAAACUAUAUCACUUCAAAACUGAAGAUGCUUGUUCAACAGAAAUAAAUUGUUUCCUUCCUAAAAAUCAACAGAAGUAAAAAUUUGUAUUUAAAGUUCAACAGAAUUAAACAGUU